AUGGGCUGCGUUUCCGGCAUAAUAUUCGGCGUCCUCCAGUUUGUGGCGCUACUCUUCAUUGCUGUUGGCACCCCGCUGGCGAUGUAUAUACCGCGGAACGACAGCGCUCCCCUUAUCUACAACGGCUACUGCAUCUCGCUCUGGGGGAUUCGCGAUAGAUGCUUGGUAUUGUUGUACUCGGUCAGUCCUAAAGAUGUCUGGUCUGAGUGCGACGGCCGCGUGAGUCGCUUCAAAACGGCGCAGGUGUGCGCCAUUGCGGCUGCCGUCGUUCUCGUUGCCUCGAUGCUGGCAAGCUGCCUGGAUGCGUGCUGCUGCCACUGCAUCAAGUGCGUGUGCGGUUUGCUGAACUUAUUGGCCGCAGGUCUGCUUGCAAUCAGCUGGGGCUGCAUGUUGGAUUGCUAUCUGAAUAAUCAAGGUAGCCAUGUUGUCAUGAAUGUGGACGUGUGCACGCAAAUGCGCAACUUCACCGGCCUUGAUAACGCGUUUCCCCAGGGAAUGCAGCUGGGCGCGGGCUUUGCUCUUCUCGUUGCCGCCUGCGUUAUCAGCUUUGCGAACAUCUUUGUCAUGCUUAUUCCGUGCUGA